AUGAAGCCACCUAUCUAUGGACAAAUUUGCAGUCAGGAAAUAAAAAGCUUAGAUAUGCUGCUUUCCGUUUAUUUUUAUGAAGAGUUCAAAAAAAAAUUUCACUUUUCCAGCCAAUCCUUGUCCAAGCGACUUGUCAACGAACACGCGUGCGUUCCAACCAUGGAAAUUGCUCGUCUAUGCGCACAAAUCACUAAAAUAAUAGGCAAAAUGAGACUAUAUGUAUAUCCAUCUCGAUUCUAUAUAUCUAUUCUCCCAUUAAUCAGUGAUCUCCGUCUAGGAAACCAGCAGUCAUUUUAA